GCGUAAAACUAGCACAUGCGCAGUGUCAUCCUCUCGAACAGUCUUUUCUAUGCUGAGUGUCCGACGACUAGCAUCCAAACGAGCAUCAACAUGCAGCUCUUCCUGCGUGCCCAGAACACUCACACUCUUGAGGUGACAGGAGAGGAGACUGUGGGCCAGAUUAAGGCUCAUGUCCAGACUCUGGAGGGUCUCCUUGUGGAGGAUCAGGUGGUCCUGCUUGCAGGUUGCCCACUUGAAGAUGAUGCCUCUCUUGCAUCAUGCGGCGUCUCUGAGCUCUGCACCUUGGAGAUCGCUGGCAGGCUUCUGGGAGGUAAGGUCCACGGCUCUCUGGCUCGUGCUGGCAAAGUGAGAGGCCAGACCCCCAAGGUGGACAAACAGGAGAAGAAGAAAAAGAAGACCGGCCGCGCCAAGCGUCGCAUUCAGUACAACCGACGCUUUGUCAAUGUGGUGCCCACCUUUGGCAAGAAGAAGGGACCCAAUGCCAACUCCUAAGAAGAGUGCGCCUUGACCAUACGGAUCAGUUUGCCAGAGUUGUAAUGUUUUCCUCUUGUUAAUAAAAACAUUUUACUCUGCAUACAA